AUUGGGGGAAUUGCUCUGAUGGUACUAUACAGAAAGGGCUACAGGCCUAGGCUCGGACAUGUUUUGACAGAAACUGCAUUACGAAAAAGCACCAGGAAUCCUGAAACUGUAGAAAUGGACAACAGAGGGUAUUCAUCAUUAGAUCAAAUAAAUGGUCCAGUCCAGUAUUCAAAUUUGGAGGAAUCAGAAAAACAACCGUAUUCACAGUUGAAGAUUUAUGAGAAUACAAAAGCGGAUGCUGCAGCUGUUGCAAGCACCUAUGAAGGCAUGACAGAGACUCCCCCUGUGACCCAUGAGUCCAUCAAACCAUCUCCAUACCAGAACACUGGAGCACAUUCUCAAGGUCCUGACCAUGACAAUAAGUAACGAAGAAGGAAGACAUCAUUAUAUGAGAUCCAGCAACAGACCAAGGAACACGUGCAAUAUACAGUAAAGUACGGUUAUAACGAACUCAAAGGGACUACUAAUUUUAGUUCGUUAUAACCGUAGUUCGUUAUAAGCAUAUAUACAGCAUAAUACAGCUAAUUAUCGGGACCAAAAAAGUAGUUCGUUAUAUCCGUCAGUUCGUUAUAAGCGUGUUCGUUAUAACCGUAGUUUACUGUACUACAUUCUUUUCAUUCCAACUGAGUCAAAACAUCGUUAGACCCGUGAAGAUCCGGGGUAGAAUAAGUGGUGGUCAUGCUCGCUGAGUUGGUUAGAUCGGUGCUCAUGAUUUCAUCACUCGAUUGUCUAGUCCAGUCUAGAUUAUUUACAGACCGUCGUUAUAUAACUUGAAUAUUGCUGAGUGCGGCGUUAAAUAACAAUCCAACAACAAAACAUCGUUAUUACUCACUUCACGUUUUCAUUACAUUGUUUUAUGUUUGCUCGAUAAAAGCACAGUUACAGAAACCAAACGUUCACCAUGGCGAGAAAGUUAAAGGAGCUCAGUCAAAUUAUCUUGGUUAUGCUCAUGUCUAUUUAUGUACCGCCUUUUUCACUGAAUAUGUCACAUAGCAAAUAAAUAUAUUUUCAAAUUA